UGCAGUGACGUCACUUUCAAACACUCACAGCAGGACAACAGGCGGACAGUCUACGAGGCAGACAGUACAGUACACUGACUGUCAAGUGAAGACUGCCCGAACUUAUCAAACGCUUAUAGCGAACGAGAGAGAAGGCAAAGAUGUCUAAAAGCGUAAAAAAGCUCACUGGGCUCGUGGCAGCUACUUUCACACCACUCACUGCAGAAGGUGAGAUCAAUCUCUCUGUGAUUGGAUCAUACGUUGAUUACUUAACAGAGAAGCAGAAUGUCAAGAGUGUGUUUAUUAAUGGCACAACAGGUGAGGGCUGUUCUCUAACUGUGGAUGAAAGAAAGCAGCUUGCUGCAGCUUGGUGCCAACAUGGAAAGAACAAGCUUGAGCAAGUGAUUGUUCAUGUUGGCUGCUUGAGUAUAAAAGACUCUCAAGAACUGGCUCGGCAUGCCGCCAGUAUAGGGGCUGAUGGCAUAGCAGUAAUCUCUCCUUCCUAUAUCAAACCCACUAAUGCAGAUGCAUUGAAGUUGUUUAUAAAAGAAGUGAGCGCCUUUGCUCCAGAUCUUCCAAUGUAUUAUUAUCAUAUUCCAAGCAUGACUGGUGUUGCAUUGGAUGCAGCUGAUGUGCUAAAUGGGAUAGAGCAGAUGAGCCCCUCAUUUCAGGGAGUGAAAUACAGUGGGACUGACCUAAGGGAUCUCGGACAGUGUGUCCGUUACAGUCAGUCCCAUAACUGGUCUGUCAUGUUCGGAGUAGAUGAGCAACUCUUGGGAGCAUUGGUACUAGGUGUUCAUGGAGCAGUAGGAAGCACAUAUAACUACCUCGGACGCAUAGUGAACCAGAUGCUUGCUGCUUUUGAUAAUGGCAACCACACACAGACUAGAGCACUGCAGUUUGAAAUUAUGGAGGUUAUCACAUUUGCUAAGAACCUUGGUUUUGAUGUGUCCGUGAAUAAGCAGGUGAUGAGUGAAGUGUCAGGGUUAGCAAUGGGUCCCCCUCGACUCCCGCUGCUGCCAUGUCCUGUCUCAAAGGCCCAGGCUAUAGCACAGAAAAUCAAGGACUUCUCUCAGGGACAUUAAAAUGAAAGACAUUUCAUUGAACCUGCCUGAAACUACAAACAAAUAAUUUGUGGUGUUAGCGAGCUGUAAACUGUACCACAUUUUUUACACUACAGUAUAUUGGUGUACUGUACCUUUUUGUUUUCUCUAAUUAAUAACAUUUAAAAUGAAACUAGAAAUUUUGGUGAACCUACUUGAAUUAUCCAACAGAGUUACAAAUAAUCCUCAGUGUUACUGAUUUAUUCACACCAUGAUAUACUGGAUUUUGUCUACCUAAAUACUUUAUGAGUUUUGCACGUUUUGUUUGUUCUUAUCUUAUGUUUUUAAAAGCAUACACAUAUAAAGUCAUUUUUUUCUGUUUUUAUUGUUUAAUACUGUAUUGAUUACCUUUUAGCUGGUGUUGAUGUAAUUGUUAACUAUCCAAGCUGCUGAGGCAGUGGUUGCUGGACCAGCCAUGUCACCAUUGUGCCCUUGAGCAAGAAUCUUACAAAAGUAUUUCUGUGACAAAUGAUGUUACUCACAGCAAGUGCAUCUGUAAGUAAUUUUGGAUGAAUGUCAUAGAGAUGAUGAUUUGUAUCACAAAAUCUAUUUCUCUGGAAGUGAUAUUUUAUAUAUACUCUCAAACAGAAUAAGUUCUUUUCAGAUUCUAUUCAAAUGUGAGUGCUGUUGUCCAUGAACACUAAAUGUUUUUUGGAAAAUCACAUGCACCACACUGUUUUAAUCUCUUGACUUCCUCAUGUUUGCAGAAAACUGCUCAAAAAGGGACAUUUUUGUAUGUUUAAUUGGAAUGAAUAAAAAUGAUUAUUCCUUACUGA